GAACCGAGAGUGUUCGCUUUGUAUAGUUCCGUUCCAUCUCUCCUCUAGGUUGUGUCUUAACCUCUAAAAAUUGUUUAUGUGCGUUGGAAUGAAAUGAACGUGUUAGUCUGAAAUACAGCAUCAUGGUUUCAGUUAUUAGAGCUUUUAUGGAUAUGGAGAGUUGUAGGUACUACAUUGAUGAACUCUAUUCCCAGGAUACUCAAAAAUGUUUGGAUGCUAUUGUGUGCUUGAAGAACUCGGUGAUUGGCAGCAACCGACAGAAGGGUAGUGUGAUAGCACAAGGUGUGGUGCCGAGGUUGGUACAGUUGUUGUCAGAUACCAGUCUGCCGUUGGAGGUGCGCAGGGAGACAGCCGUCACACUUGGCUCACUGGCCAAGGGCACCGACGCUCAUAUCAAACAGCUGAUAGAUGUCAACGUGGUACCUCUACUUCUGAACAGUGUGAUGAGCAGUGAUGACCUGAAGCUGACCGAGGCUUGCCUGCGCUGUAUUUGCUCUGUGUUCCGACACCCUAGCGCUCCUGUCGACUUGAUAUUCACCGACUGUCAUCUGCUAUCCCACCUGCUCACCCUCACCAUGCAAUCCAUCACCAACCAGAUCUGUGUUACCACCAUUUUCAGUUGUUCCUGCAAGAGGUUCGAACAACAACAUGCGCUGUGUGAUCGAGGCAUUGUGCCGACGUUGGCAGCACUUCUUUGUUCCCCCCACUCAGCUGUUCUGAUGCCUACCCUCCUCUGCCUUACCAAUCUCACAUAUGAGAACCCGAAAGUCUCUUAUACAGUUAUCACAGCCAGUUUUGGUGGUAAGAGUAUCCCAGACCUUGUGGUAAGGCUAGUGGAGCGAGAUCGUCCGACAGAGAUGCAGUUGGCUGCAGCAAGAGCGUUGACCAACCUCCAUCGUGCCGGAGCUCUUACAGCAGAGGAUCCUAAAAUAUUGUACAAAACCCUACCCUGCCUGGUGUGCCUGUGUAAGAAGGAGCGGCCGAGUCAUGAGCGUGUCCUGGCUGCCGAAACGUUGGCUUACCUGACCGAGGUGGACACUGAGCUGCAGCGGUUAGCCUCUAUCUCCAACCACCUUAUACCUACUUUGGCAGACUUGCUCCAUUACCAACCCGAGAACAACAACAAUCUGGCUCAGCAAGAGACACGCAUUGCCCAGGAUAUGCGUCAGGCUGCUUUCAGGGCAUUUGCAUCAUUGGGAGCUAAUGAUGAAGAUAUCCGCAAGAAGAUCAUAGAGACAGACAGCCUGAUGGAACACAUAGUCACAGGGCUGCAGGACCCUUGUCCCAAGGUACGACUGGCAGCUGUUCGGUGUCUUCACUCUCUCUCCCGCUCUGUACAGCAACUUCGGACAACGUUUCAGGACCAUUCAGUGUGGAAGCCGCUGAUGGCAUUGCUGCAGAAUGCAUCAGACGACAUCCUCAGUGUUGCCUCCUCUACGCUGUGUAACCUGCUACUGGAGUUCUCUCCCUCCAAGGAGCCCAUCCUGGAAUCCGGAGCUGUGGAUUUGCUAUGUAACCUCACCAAACGACCAGAUCCUGCGCUUAGGCUCAAUGGCAUCUGGGCUCUCAUGAACAUGGCAUUUCAAGCUGAGCAGAAGAUUAAGUCACAGAUCCUGAACACAUUGGGGACUGACCAGAUAUUCAGGCUGUUGUCGGAUCCCCAAGUCAAUGUACUGAUGAAGACUCUUGGGCUACUUAGGAACCUGCUGAGUACUAAACCUCACAUAGACUACAUCAUGGGUCUUCAUGGCAACCAGAUCAUGCAAGCAGUGAUACUGAUCCUGGAGGGCAACCAUUCAGCAGAAGUGAAGGAGCAAGCUCUCUGUAUACUGGCGAAUAUUGCGGAUGGAGAUUCGGCCAAGGACUACAUCAUGAGUAAUGAGGAUGUGCUGAAGAAACUACAGGACUAUAUGGUAUUCAUAAACGGGUUAUUUAGAGACCCUAGGGGUUGGCGUCGUACUUUGUCUAGACCUGAUAUCAGGUCAGGUCGAGUUUACGUUGGGGGCCUGAGUGGAGGAUUUAACCAAAGAGCUCUUUAGGGUUCAGGCUCGUGUUUUAUUUAAAGACUUGGCCGUUAUAAAACUUAUUUUAAUACAUAUCCCAAACAACCAAAAAUAAAGACUAUUUUACUAAAUUAAAAAUUGUUGUAUUGUUUUUGUUACUAUAAUAAAAUCUCUUUUAUUUCGUUUUUAAAAGAGAUGUGAUAGUAAAAUAACGAACUAAAUCAAUUUGUUCAGUUAUAACAAUUUGUGUCGUAAUAACAUCUUCAGUGAUGGGAGGAAGACAGUUUUUCUGUGAUAUGUAUUAUAACAUAACAUAAAUAAUAGACAUUUAGUAAAUACUAUUAGACUAAUAGUACUUUUAUCUAGAUAAAUUAUUGAAUAGUUAAUUUUCAAUCUUUAACAACUGUUUUAAAGUGUAAUUUUUUUUAAAGAAUUUAGUUAUGAUAUUGACUUGAAAAUAUUUUCUCUGAAUUGUAAUACUAAUUGGAUAUUUACUUUAGUGGAUCAGAUAAUUUUUCAAAAUUUGAAGACCCAUGAUUAGUGUAGAGUACAAGUUAAUUGUCUAUCGAGGCCAGCAAAUUAGUGAAAACAAUCUGUAAGAUAUAAAGAAUUGUCACCAGUUUAGAAUAAUGAACACUAGCAAGUACACAAUGUGUGAUGAGUAUAAUAUAAAAUACUAAUCAUGUUAACAAGAAAA